CUUUGCCGGCAAACGAACUGCCAGUCUCCACAGGCGAUGCCGGGCCCUAAGCUGCCAGAUAAUGUCUCCGGUGGCCGCGUUGCGAAGCGACAGAAGCUCCAAGCUGGUCACGAGAAAAGCUCAGCGGCGGUCGUCCGCAAGUCGAAAAUCUUCGCCCCGUUCAGAACGGUCGGCCUUGUGUCUCCCACCCAUGUCCCGUUCACCUCCCUCCCGCUCGGCAAAACGACCUUCCAGAUUACCACCUCCGUCGGGCGAUCGCUGCAGACCUACGACCUCAAAGGAGGGCUGAAUCUCGUCUUCCUUACCCGCCCGCAGACGCCAGAAAGCAUUACAGCCACACUAGCGUGGAAAAAGGUCGUGCUUGCUGCAUGGGGCGGUCCGACAGCAAAUUCUUCGCGAGGUGUCUGGGUGUUCCAGCGGGGAAAACAGGUGGGCGAGCUGGAGCUGCCUCGAGGAGCACGAGAGAACAUCACGCGGUUGCUGGCUUUUGGCGAGUGGAUAGUCGGAUGCGGCGCCACUAGCAUCCAAGUAUGGAAGUCCUCUACCUUUGAGCACUACACCACUCUGCAGAGCGCUUCCUCAAGCGCUCUGUCGGGCUCCCUCUGCAACAUGCCGACGUACCUGAAUAAGAUAUUUGUAGGAAGGAAAGAUGGCUCCGUGGAAAUUUGGAACGUGAGCACGGGCAAAUUGCUCUAUACUCUCCUUCCCCCAGCAGCCGACUUCGGGCCUGUGACAGCGCUGCAGCCGACACCGGCGGUGUCUCUCCUCGCCAUUGCAUAUGAGUCAGGUCCCAUCACGAUCCACGAUAUACGCGCCGAUAGAGAGAUUUUGCGACUCAAUACAGGCGGCUCGAAGAAGAUACCGAUUACUACGAUAUCCUUCAGGACGGAUGGGCUGGGUGCCGGCGAUGAAGGUCGCGAGGAUGGCGUCAUGGCAACUGCUAGCAGAUUUAGCAGUGACAUUACCUUCUGGGAUCUUAACAAAAUGGGCCGCAAGAUGGCCACCCUAAGUGGGGCGCACAAUCCUCCUCCAUCCGUCAAAGAUGGCAUCGGAGGUGGCAUUAAUAAGAUUGAGUUCCUGCCAGGUCAAGCGGUGAUCGUCUCAAGUGGACUGGAUAACUCCCUCAAGAGCUGGAUAUUUGACGAAGCGCCAUUCUCGCCCACUCCUCGCAUCCUUCAUUCUCGUGGCGGCCAUGCAGCACCGAUCUCUACGCUUAAAUUCCUACCCUCAAAUUCAGACGGCUCCGGUGACAUGGGAAAGUGGCUACUCAGCGCGAGCAAAGACCGAAGCCUCUGGGGUUGGAGUCUACGCCGGGACGGGCAAAGCACCGAACUCAGCCAAGGUGCAAUUCAGAAGAAAGCUAAGAAGAUGGGUCUACUCAACGGUACUGAGCCGAAUUCUAGGCAUUAUACUACGCUAGAUAAUCUUAAGGCUCCACCCAUCACAUGCCUAGCAUGCUCCCUUAACCGCGACGGUGGGAUGGGUGCUAUGCCUGGAGUUACAGGGAUCUGGAAUAAUUCCUCCAAAGUUAAAGGGGACAAGAAAGCUCCAGAGGUCAAUAUGACGGGGUGGGAGAGCAUUGUCACCGGCCACGCGGGAAAUAAGACAGCCAGAACAUGGUUCUGGGGUCGAAAGCGAGCCGGCCGGUGGACUUUCGACACUGGGGACGGCACUGAAGUCAAGAGUGUUGCAGUGUCUCCAUGCGGUACAUUUGCUCUGGUCGGAUCGGUGGGUGGGGCUAUCGACAUGUAUAACCUUCAAUCUGGCCAACAUCGACGGAGGUUCCCCGCCCGCCUAACUCCAGCUGAAGCAAAGAAGUUCAAGCUUCAACAAUUGCAGGCCGAGGACGGAGCUCUGGAUGCCAACACCCACGCCUCUCCAAAAUUUGCGAAGGGCCAAGGACGACACAAAGGAGCCGUAACCGGACUCGCCGUUGACAGCUUGAAUCGGAUUGUAAUCAGCUGUGGAGAUGAUGGUAAAGUGAAGUUCUGGGACUUCGCAACUGGAAUUCUCCGGCACGAAAUCGAUUGGUACCCGAUGACAAAAGUCGUUGGCUUGCGAUAUCACCGUAACAGCGACCUGAUAGCUCUUAGCUGUGAUGAUGGGUCCAUUCGCGUGGUCGACAUUGAAACGAAGAAACUCAUCCGAGAGUUGUGGGCUUCACGCAUUCACGCCGAGCUGCUGAUCAUCGAUUAUAUCUUCUCAAGUGACGGCCGAUGGAUUAUUGCGGCCGCGUCUGAUUCAACGGUCAGAGUGUGGGACCUUCCUACUGGCCAUCUCAUCGACGCUAUGAAGCUCCCGGGACAAUGCACUGCCGUGUCCUUCUCCCCUUCUGGGGAAUUCCUCGCAACGGCGCUGGACGGCGAGGUGGGCGUCCAUAUCUGGACCAACCGCACGCUAUUCACACAUGUCUCCACAAGGCAAAUAUCGGAAGACGAAAUCGCUACCAUCAGCGCACCUACGUCAUCCGGCGAAGGAGGAGAGGCCCUCAUCGACGCAGCCGCUGAGGAGGAAUUUGAAAACGAGCCAGACGAGACUGUAGUCCCCAUCAUGGACCAACUCAGCGACCAGAUCACGACUCUAAGUCUUGUCCCCAAGUCACGAUGGCAGACUCUCCUCCACCUCGACAUAAUUCGCGCUCGCAACAAGCCCAAGGAGCCGCCCAAAGCGCCGGAGAACGCUCCGUUCUUCCUACCUUCUCUCUCCCAGAAUCCGGCUUCAAAUGUUGGUUCAAAUGCCCUCGCGCCUUUGGAUCCGGAACCUGCAUCGCGUAUAUCCAGCUCCGCCUUAGCAUCAAAGUCCUCAGCCGCUACGUCCACAAACGAAUUCACGCGACGCCUCGCCCACGCUGCCGAGACCUCCGAAUACACUGCUAUGUUAUCGUAUCUCUCGUCCCUGCCGCCCUCAGCUGCCGAUAUCGCAAUUCGCACGCUAGAGACCGUACCGCCGUACACGGAGCUGCAGACAUUCAUCGAAGGGCUGACGGCGAGGCUAAUGGAGAGGAGGGACUACGAGCUCGUCCAGGCGUGGAUGAGCGUAUUCUUGAGACUGCAUGGGGAUGUUGUAGUCAGGGACGAGGGGCUGGUGGGCCUACUGAGGAAGUGGCAGGAGGAGGCAAAGAGGGAGAGGGAGAGAGUAGGUGGCUUGGUCGGAUAUAGUGUUGGUGUGGUCGGAUGGGUGAGGAGUGCGAGGUGAUUAGAGGUGUCUCAUGUCUCUUCAGCUGGACGAAUCGAGCCCUGGUGGCUCACAAGUCAUCAAGAUUCCAAAGGGGCCGGCAGCUGGCACAUCGAAUUACUUGCUUAUAGGGCUUUGCUAACUCGGUUGUGGGUAGGGAUAGAGGGGCCCAUUUGUGUGACGACAGUUCAUUGAGGGUGCAGCCUUCCCCGCGUGGCUCUGGGGCGCGCAAAGUGGUUCGUCAAACGGGUCGGUAUGCGGACGCUGUGCAAGCGCCACGAACCGAUACAUACAGUAGUAUAUCUGAAGACCCCUGAAGAGUACAGUCCCAGUUGCACGAGCUUGCGCGUGAGCAGCUAGCGGGUC